AUGCCUACAGAACUCGAAGAGCUUGUGGGCUUCAUCACCCAUCAGAACCCUCAGAUUCGGCUCCUCGCCACUGAGAACCUGGUCCCAUACUCGCUCUCAGAACCCAGCAUAUUCAAGGUGGAUGAUAUGAGACCGAUCAAGAACCUCAAGGUUCUGCUCAAUGAUCAUUACAAAGUCGCAGAGUAUGCAUUAAGCUGCUUGAUAAAUCUCUCUGGUGACCCAGAAGUUCUAGAAUGCCUAGCUUCAGACGACAAGUUCUUGGACUUGGUUCUGUCAUUCAUCGUGGGCCCCAAAGAAGAAAAUGCCAAUCUACUCGCCAUGGUCUUGGCCAACAUGACAAAAUCAGAUAGUCUCAAGCGCAUCAUCGAUAAGAGACAGGAAUCUCCAAAGGAGCUGGGCUCCGACGACUGCAUUCUCAACCAGCUUAUGGAUCUCCUGGUCAAGGGUCAGAAUGGCUCUUACAACCCCAAGGCGGACUUUGACUAUCUCGCCUAUGUCUUGGCCGAUUUAUCCAAACACGAAGACAUUCGCAAGUAUUUCGUCACGGAACAGACUUACGACAAGGUCAUCCCCAUUACAAAGCUCAAGGUGUUUACUGAGCACGAGUCCGACAUUCGCCGCAAAGGUGUCGCCAGCACAUUAAAAAACGUCGCAUUCGAUCUCGACUCGCACCCAUCAUUCCUGUCCACAGAGGGCAUCGAUAUCCUCCCAUAUAUUCUUCUGCCAAUCACUGGCAACGAAGAGUACGAUGUAGAUGAGACCAUGAGCAUGCUCCCGGAUCUGCAGCUGCUGCCGCCAGACAAGAAGCGUGACUCGGACAAUACCAUUAUUCAGACGCAUCUCGAGACAUUGUUGCUGCUCACAACAACGCGACCGGGGCGCGAUUAUCUUCGCCAAGUCAACGUUUACCCCGUGGUACGUGAGACGCACAGCCGAGUCGACGACGACGAGGUCCGGGAGGCCUGCGACAGAUUGGUACAGGUUCUCAUGCGUGACGAGGAGGGCGAGGGCCAGCAGCUCGAUCAGAAGAGACUUACAGAGCUUGCAGACGAUGAGGAAGAGAUCACCGAGGUUUAA